AUGAGUUUCAUCCCCGAGGCUAUCACGCCGACGUCCGUCCUGUCGUGGCAGUGUGCAGCUACGCUCCUUGUCAUAUGGAUCACCUAUUGUCUAGGGCGCGCCAUCUACAAUGUCUCGCCUCUACACCCCCUUAGCAGGUUUCCUGGCCCCAAGUUAGCUGCUGCAUCGUAUGCCCCCGAAUGCUGGUACGAUUUCGUGAUGAAGGGGCGGUACACCUAUGAGAUUGUCAAGAUGCACCAAAUUUACGGACCCAUUGUCCGUAUCAACCCUGACGAGGUGCACUGCGACGACGUUCGCUUCACCGACGAAGUAUACGCCAUCAACGGGAGAAAACGAGACAAGCAUAUCCACCACAUGAUCAACCUACCAGACCCCGCGACCUUCGCCACAUUUGGCACGAUCGACCACGAUCUCCACCGCAGACGGCGAGCCGCCGUCGGCAAGUUCUUCUCCCGGCAGCAGAUGCUCAAGCUCGAGCCGCAAGUCCACGCAUCAGCGCAGAAACUCUGCGACAAGCUCCUUUCGUGUGCUGGUGCGGAUGGCGAGGUCGUGCCUUUGCAAGACGCUUAUAGCUGCUUUACGACGGACGUGAUUACCGAGUACUGCUUUGGCGAGUCGUUUGGAUUUCUUGAGCAAAAGGAGUGGACGCCUAAUUAUCGUUCGGCUGUUUAUGGGGCACUGGUUCAUACGUUCCUAUUCAAGUUCUUUCCGUGGACGAAGAUCGUUAUGAAUGCUGGGCCGUAUCUCAAGAAUUACCUACCUAGGGACACGGCCAUCUUUAUCAAUACCUACGCAACCGUCAUCCCAGCCCUCGUAGAGAAGGCGAGAGACCGCAAAGUGACAGGUACAGAUAUAUACCAACACUCGCCCAAUGUCUUCGCCGCCUUAUUCGACUCCGAUCUCCCGCCCGAAGAAAAGACGGUUCUACGACUCACGUCCGAGGGUGCCAUCAUGAUAACCGCGGGAACGGAAACAACAAGCUACACACUGACGAUGAUCAGCUUCCACCUCCUAUCGAACCCCAAAAUCUUGGCAAAGCUGACGCGAGAACUUCAAGGGGCGGUCAAGGAUCCGAAACACCUGCCAAACUGGCCGACGUUGGAAACACUGCCAUAUCUGAAUGCUGUCAUCUCUGAAGGGCUGCGGCUUGCGCCCGGUGGAUCGAUGCGUACUGGCAGAGUCGCUACCGAAGAAGAUCUCGUCUAUCGCGGGAAAUGGAGGCCUCAGGGAGCGGAAGUUGAUGUGGAUGUGUGCCAUGUCAUUCCACGCGGAUGGGCGGUAAGUAUGAGCGCCAUCAUCUCACAUCUCGAUGAGAGGAUGUUUCCGAACGCCAAGGAGUUUAUACCGGAGCGGUGGAUCGAUGAGAAUGGUCAGAGGAGGAGGGAAUUGGAAGCUGGGUUCAUCCCCUUUUCCAAGGGAACGCGACAGUGUGUGGGAAUGCCGCUCGCAUACUCUGAGUUAUAUAUCGCUUUGACUUCGUUGGUGCUGAGGGUCUUUCCGCGUAUGAAGCUGUACGACACUACUUUGCGCGAUGUUGAGUAUGACCAUGACUUGGGCGUGCCGAUUCCCGCGACCGAGAACGGUGUGAAGGUCAAGAUCAUUUAG